CAACUGUUAAUCUUGCCUUCGUUUCACUUUUCAGUUUUUUAAUAACUCCAAAUUGAAGAUGAUAAUUUAUCGUACUUCUGUACGAGCUUUGAACGUUGGUUAGGUGGUCCUGCUGAAAGACAGCCUGUUCUGUUACAGCUCUUGCCUGUCUCUCGUUACUUUCCAGUUCCCCACAGUCUUGCCAGGCACUGCUGUAAGAAGGAGUGUAAGGAUGUCUGUGAUUCACUCUGUGAAGCUGUUGGGAAUUGGGAUAUUGGUUGCCAUCCUGAGCCUGGAAGGCUUGAACUGGCUCUACUUCCGCCUGCGCCAACGUUGCUCUGGGCGUCCCCUGAAAGAGGUCCUGUUUUUCCCCACCACAGUCACCUGCAUUGAGCACCUCUUUCAGCCCCAUCCCAGGGUCUCCCCUUGCCUCUGCCGACUGCCCCAUGGCCUGGAGACACCCUUCACCCGCCUGCUGCGCCACCUGCUGUCUGCCCGUUUCACCUUGGACCUCUGCAUCUUCGCCUUCUCCAGCCAGGAGCUGUGCCGCGCCGUGCUGCUGCUGCACCGGCAAGGGGUAGUGGUUCGCGUGCUGACAGACAAGGACUACAUGGCUAUCGAUGGCUCCCAGAUCGGCUCCCUCCGUAAAGCAGGGAUCGCCGUGAGGCACGAGACGGGGGACUUCCACAUGCACCACAAGUUCGCCGUGGCGGACCGGCGGCUGCUGAUCACCGGCUCCCUGAACUGGACGGCCACGGCGGUGCAGGGCAACAAGGAGAACGUCCUGGUCACCGAGGACGCCGCCUUCGUCCGACCCUUCCUGCGGGAGUUCGAGGAGCUGUGGGACGCCAACGAUCCCGCCCGGCUCUCCUUCGGCCCUGCACUGAGCUGAGAUGACAUUUUCUUAUUUCUUAACGGUUAUUAAAUGGAGCAACCACAUGAGUCAGACCGGCC